AAGUAGAGGUAGAGGUAGGGUCACACAUAACAAACACAUUAUCCUCUUUGCCCUUUCAUUUCCUUUCCUUCACUUUACUUCUUGCAUCAAAUUCCUUCACUUUCCUCCUAAAUCUAAUUUUGUUUUCCCUCCUUCUAAAUAAAUAAACAAAUUAUUAUUUUUAUUAUUAUUAAUAUUAUUAUUGUGGCAAAUAUCUAAGUUCAUUUUCUCUCAACCUAAAAACCUUUUUUUCCUCGUUUUCAAUUCGAAAAAUGACUCUUUGAACUUAGUGUUUGAAGAUGGCGAUGGUUCCUUGGCGUGGCAUCAGUUGCUGUUUGAGUGCUGCUGCUCUUUACCUUCUCGGUAGAGCCAGCGGAAGGGAUGUUGAAAUUCUUAAAUCCGCUAACCGGGUCAAUCAGCUGAGGGAGCUUGCACAACUGUUGGAUGAGGAAAUAUUACCCAUGGUUGUUGCAAUUUCCGGAAGAGUUGGUUGUGAAACCCCAAUUAACUGCGAGUUCAGUGGUUUAAGAGGUGUAAUAGUUGAAGAAACAGCAGAGCAACAUUUUCUCAAACACAAUGAUGCUGGUUCCUGGAUACAAGAUUCUGCAUUAAUGUUAUCCAUGAGUAAAGAGGUUCCUUGGUACCUGGAUGAUGGGACUGAUCGUGUCCGUGUAGUUGGAGCUCGGGGUGCCACUGGUUUUGUAUUACCUGUUGGGAGUGAGGCAUUUGAAGAGUCGGGUCGAUCACUUGUACGUGGAACAUUGGAUUAUCUUCAAGGUCUAAAGAUGCUUGGAGUUAAGAGAAUAGAAAGGGUACUUCCAGUUGGAACUUCCUUGACUGUUGUUGGUGAGGCUGCUAGAGAUGAUGUUGGAACUGUUCGAGUUCAGCGACCCUCGAAAGGGCCAUUUUAUGUCUCUCCCAAAACCAUUGAUGAACUCAUUGCAAAUCUUGGGAAAUGGGCGAGGUGGUAUAAGUGUGCUUCUCUGGGCUUGACAGUGUUAGGUGCUUAUCUGAUAGCUAAUCAUGCUAUUCGGUACAUCUUGGAAAAACGGCGUCGCAGUGAAUUGCAAAAAAGGGUUCUCGCUGCAGCUGCUAAGAGAUCGGGACAAGAUAAUGGAGGUGAAAAGGCUGACAGUUUAUCAGAUGGUGCUAAAAGGGAACGUGCGAUGCCAGAUUUGUGUGUAAUUUGCCUUGAGCAGGAAUACAAUUCCGUUUUUGUUCCGUGUGGGCAUAUGUGUUGCUGUACAGCUUGCUCUUCGCACUUAACCAGUUGUCCUCUUUGCCGGAGACAGAUAGAGAAGGCUGUAAAGACUUUCCGUCAUUGAGUGUUGAGCAUACAUACACCCACAUGACAAUGAGAAAUCAUACUUUAAGAAUCCCACAGUAGCAAUUUGCUCAAUGGUGAUUAUAUCAUUUAUACAACUUUUUAUCCAUCAACAUCUUUGUCUAUAUGAGCAAUGCGUUGUCUGUGUCUUGAAACCAAAGACUUUAAAAAUAAGCAUCAAGAUCGUGACUUACUGUUGGUUCUAUUGGCAUCUAAAAUUGUAAAAUAUUUAUUAUCCGGACCAGACUAGUUGCACGAUACUCGAACUUAUUGCCAAGUUCUAUUUUCAUAGAGUUAUGUUUUUUCCCCUCACUUUUUGUCGACUGUUCUAUCACAUGAUAUGAUGCAUGUUUGCAAACACAGUUGGUUAAUCUGAUCAGAGAUUUAUUGUUUGCACUUCACUCCUUAACAUAAGGAUGCAGUUGAUGAUACUGGAUUAUUUCUUCAA